AUGACAAGGAACGAGUCGGGCGCCAACCGCCAGGGCAGCGCCGACAGCUCGUGGAGCGCGCGCACCAGCGACACGGUGCGGCCAUACGGACGCCAUGGCUCCCUGCGCGGCACCCCCGUCUCGGUGAAGACGUCCAAGGACCUGAAUGCAUCCAUCGAAAAGGAGCCCGAGAUCUCGCCCACCACCGUGCCUCCCGCCCCUCCCCCCAAAGACCCGCAGCACCAGCCCCGCCGCGCCCCAGCCUGGGACGGCCCCGUCAGCAACGACUUCCGUGACUAUCGCAAGGACCUCGCCGUGCUGCAGACCUCGGGCGGCCGCGUCCCGUCCAUCUCGCGCAACCCGCCGACCGCGUCGAGCGCACAAGCCAAUCCCCCGUGGGCGUCGGGCCCCAAUGGUGGCACCAACAUGGCGAACAGCGUCUGGAACAGCUUCUUCAACGACUCGGACAACGACGACGCCGCCCAGCUGUCGCCCGGCUUCGCUGCCGUGGGCGUCAAUGUCCAGGAAGACGCCAUGGGCUUCCCCAAGGACGACCGCCGCCCGUCCGUCGCCAGCGCCAUGACCGUCAGCAGCACCGGCUCCAAGUCGAGCUUCAGUCGCGGAUUCCACAAGAAGCUGCAGAACGUGUUUGGCGAAGACUUUCCCGGAGAAGGUCGCCAGAACUCGGACCCGACCUUGAACGGGAGGUCGCAGGCGGCAGAAACACAGUCGUUGCAUGCACCUCGCAAUCGUGGCAACUCGUUGGGGAACGCCUACGGCGGUGGCACUUACGGCUCGAGGCCUACUUCCCCCACCAGCUCGCGCCCACGGACACCGCAGCCCUCUUCGGAAGUCACGCCUUGGGAAUUCCAGGCACCCCAGGAUGCCCCCCCCUCUUUGACAGAGAACGGACGCCGGCGAUCGUCAGAGCAAACAUCCACCAAGUCAGGUCACCGCACACACAAGAUUACCUCGAGGUUGCCCGGGCAUCGACAUCACCGUAGCAAAGAAGAGAACAAGACCGCGCCUGACAGCCGAGGCGAUAUCAGCGCUCCGUAUCCUCUGCGGCCUGCCACAAGUCGCGAAGAAUCUUACAACCAGCGACGGAAUCAGCCACAGCAAUCAGCACUGAACUCUGCAUUCGCUUCGAAGACGAGUCUGAUACCGCGCGCAUCGAGUCCAACUCCAAGCACGUACUCGGAGAUGACAAUACAGUCUGCAGCUCAACAGUCACAGUCACCCAGCACCAGCAAAGGCCCCGGUCGAUUCUUCGCGCGCUUGCGUGGAAAGGACAAGACAGAUCCAGCAGCGGAGAAUCUCAAGAACAUGCCGGCCGGGACGUCACAGAUCUCUCUUGCCCCAUCCAUGAACGGACCGCCGUCCGCACGUGUGGAUCCAAACAACCCUUCUUUCAUAUCAAGGAAGAAAUCCACGUUCGAGCAGUUGAAGGGUCCGAGCAACGUUGUCAAAGACAACAAAAAGGAGCACAGACGGCUGCCGUUCAACAAGUCUUCAGACAAGCGUCAAAUGACCUUUCCCGAACCAAAAGGAAAGGAUCCAAACGAAGCCAAAGCAGAUACCACAGGCAACGAAGCUAUGUGGUUCCUAGACACGAAGCUGGACGACAUGAGUGGCAUUGUAAACCCGCAAAAGCCCCCAAUGACCCCCCCGACCGGUGAAGUACAACACACCACUCUGACUGGUGAGGACGAGCCGGGGCCAAAGGACGACACGUGGGAUGCACCAGACUCCUGGGCUGUUAAACGACACGAUGAAGUGCGCGAACAGUCGAUCGACGAACCCGAGGUAGCAGCGAAAGAGCAGAACGACACCAAGACAUACUGCUUGCGCAUAUUCAGGGCCGAUUCUACAUUUGCCACCUUGUCCGCUACGCUUAAUACCACUGUCGCCGAGAUCGUGCUGAUACUGGGCAAGAAGACUGUACUCCAAGACGAGCUGGAUAACUACCACAUCGUGAUGCGAAAACAUGACACCUCGCGACAGCUGGAUUCUAACGAGAGACCCCUCCUCAUCCAGAAACGGCUUUUGGAGCAAGCUGGAUACUCGGAACUGGACCGUCUAGAGGAUGUUGGGCGAGAAGACAACAGCUACCUCUGCAGAUUCACAUUCUUACCGGCCAAGAUGAGCGGAUUCUCAAGUCUCGAGAGGGACCCAGGUUUUAAGCAAAUGCAAAAGUUCAGCCAUAUCGACCUCCAAGGCAAGAAUCUCAUCACCAUCCCCAUCACGCUCUACCAAAAGGCCACUGAGAUUAUUUCCCUAAACCUUUCUCGCAACUUGUCCCUCGACGUGCCAAAAGAUUUCAUCCAAGCUUGUACAAACCUUAGAGAGAUCAAGUACACCAGCAACGAUGCUAGGAGACUGCCACCCAGUCUGAGCAUGGCGAGCCGACUUACCAUGCUCGACAUCUCCAACAAUUGCCUACAGACGCUUGAAAAGGCGGAGCUACAAAAGCUACAGAGCCUGCAAGGCCUUCGAUUGUCGAACAAUGGACUAACCUCACUACCAUCCUACUUUGGGCAGUACCGUGCUCUUCGAAGCCUGAACCUUAGCUCGAACUCUCUAACGGAAUUUCCUGAUUUCCUCUGCGAAGUGCGUACGCUUGUUGAUCUCGACAUCAGCUUCAACUCGAUAUCUAGUCUUCCUAGAAUAGGCCAAUUGACCUGCUUAGAGAGGUUGUGGGCUACCAAUAACAAGUUAUCUGGCAGCUUCCCUCCGACACUCAGUAACCUGGUCAACCUACGCGAAGUGGAUGUGCGCUUCAACGCACUUGACAGUAUGGACGUCAUGUCGCAACUGCCGCGCCUAGAGUUCCUCAUGAUUGGACACAACUCGAUUUCCGCCUUCGAAGGAUUCUUCCCCAAGAUUCGUGUUCUACAUAUGAAUCACAAUCCUGUGACGCGGUUUGGUUUGAGCGGACCGGUGCCAUCCUUGAGUGUGCUCAACCUUGCGUCUGCAAAGCUGGCCCAGUUGCCCGAGGAUCUGUUCCAGAAGCUCACUGGGCUCACAAAACUCAUCCUGGACAAGAACCAUUUCACAUCUCUUUCGAACAAUAUCGGCAGACUGUACAGGUUGGAGCAUCUGAGUGUUGCGCGGAAUUCUUUGGAUGAACUGCCAGCUGAGAUUGGGCGUCUUGUAGAGCUGCGUUAUCUGGAUGUGCGAGAGAAUAAUCUUGGGCGGUUACCUCCAGAGAUUUGGUUCGCACGACGAUUGGAGACGCUGAACGUAUCCUCCAACGUCCUCGACGCUUUCCCAAAGCCGGGCACAGCACCUCCAGCAGAAGCCAACAGCGGCACACAACUGGACGGAUCGCACUCGAUAGCGACGCCAAGCGUUGGAUCGAGCCCCAGCUACGAAGAGCUCGGUAAAUUAGAAGAUUUUCAGAAUCGACGCCCUAGUCAGGCUUCAGGCAGUUAUCUGAGUGCAGGAACCUCGCCGGCAUCUACGACCCGAAAGGGAUCGAUGGCGUCUUUCAACACUACGAGCACAGCACGCAAGCCAUCCGCAGCAUCGCGCACAACAACCGAGGGCACGAUAACACCGAUGACCCGUAAAGAUUCCAGCCUCUCUAGUAGAAUGGUCACGACCUUUGCUGGCUCUCUGCGCCACCUUUUCUUGGCUGACAACAGGCUGGAGGACAACGUUUUUGACGAGCUUUGCCUGCUGCCUGAGCUGCGAAUUGUCAACAUGUCCUAUAACCUCAUCUACGAUGUUCCUACACGGACUAUCAGGAGAUGGCAGCAUCUUGCUGAGCUCUACCUUUCUGGCAAUGACCUGACUUCGCUACCAUCAGAGGAUCUGGAAGAAGUUGGCUCACUCAAAGUGCUCCACAUCAACAACAACAAGUUCCAAGUGCUUCCUGCCGAGCUUGGUAAAGUUGCGCAGCUCGCUGUUUUGGAUGUUGCCAGCAAUCAGUUAAAGUACAAUGUGUCCAAUUGGCCUUACGACUGGAACUGGAAUUGGAACCACAAGCUACGCUAUCUCAAUCUUUCAGGCAACAAGCGACUGGAGAUCAAACCCAGCGGCUCGUAUAGUGGGAGUGGAGCCGCUAUGCGCGAGGGUCGUGACUUGACAGAUUUCACGGCACUCGUUAGCCUACGAGUCCUGGGUCUGAUGGAUGUCACCAUGAUGAUCCCAUCAGUCCCCGAACAGACAGAAGACCGGAGAGUGCGAACAGCAGGGUCUGCCGUAGGUUCCAUGGCUUACGGUAUGGCGGACAGCUUGGGCAGGACAGAACAUAUUUCCACUAUGGAUAUGGUCGUACCUCGCUUCCGCAGUCACGACGACGAGCAAGUGUUGGGCCUGUUUGAUGCUCAGCCCCUUGCUGGUGGAGGAUCUAAGAUUGCCAAGUUCUUGUACGACAACUUCAAGGACCGAUUUGCCGAUGAGCUGGAUCGCUUACGAGCGGACGAAACUCCGGUCGAUGCAUUACGACGUACAUACUUGGUGCUCAACAAGGAGUUGGCUACGGCUGCCUCCCAGUCCUUGGACAAGAACGCCUACACGCCGCCAACACAACCACGGGGUGCUGUGCCUGAGCUUGGGGACGAUGACUUGACCUCUGGUUGCGUGGCAACAGUCAUGUAUCUGAAAGAGAUGGAGCUCUAUAUGUCCAACGUCGGUGAUGCGCAAGCGCUACUGAUCCGGUCAGAGGGCGGACACAAGAUCCUCACGCGAAAACACGAUCCGGCCGAGCCUAGUGAGCGGGCAAGAAUCAGAGAAGCUGGUGGCUUCGUCUCGCGUCAAGGUAAACUGAACGACGUGCUCGAGGUAUCACGAGCUUUUGGCUAUGUACAGAUGUCUCCCUCUGUCAUUGCUUCGCCACACAUCGUCAAUCUCACAUUAGGCGAUACGGAUGAGAUGAUUCUGGUUGCCUCUCGAGAGCUCUGGGAGUACCUCACUCCCGAUUUUGCUGUCGAUGUAGCACGGUCUGAACGCAAUGAUCUCAUGCGGGCUGCUCAAAAGCUUCGAGAUCUUGCAAUCGCGUUCGGUGCGACCAACAAGAUCCACGUCAUGCUACUUGGAGUCAGCGACCUGAAGAGUAAACAACGCGCCCGUUUCCGCACGCACAGCAUGUCCAUGGGACCUACUGGCUCGUCAGACGAUUUCGUCAAUCGCAGGCCAGGCAAGAGGGCGAGGAAUAUGGUCAACGAUUCGAAGCUUGCGAGACUCGACCAGGAGGUGGAUGCACCAACGGGUGAAGUCAGUUUGGUGUUCACCGACAUCAAGAGCUCGACUUUACUCUGGGAAACUUACCCCAUCGCUAUGAGGUCUGCCAUCAAGAUGCACAACGAACUCAUGCGUCGACAAUUACGCAUCAUUGGUGGGUACGAGGUCAAGACUGAAGGUGACGCGUUUAUGGUCGCGUUCCGGACCGUCACCUCGGCGUUGCUCUGGUGCUUCACAGUUCAAAGCCAGCUCCUGGAAGUGCAGUGGCCACAGGAAAUCCUCAGCAGUGUCAACGGGCAAGAGGUAGUUGACGCCGAUGGAAACGUCAUCUUCCGUGGUCUCUCUGUUCGCAUGGGAAUUCACUGGGGUCGACCCGUGUGUGAAGUCGAUCCAGUCACCAAACGUAUGGACUACUUUGGCCCCAUGGUCAAUCGAGCGUCGCGUAUCUCUUCCGUGGCCGAUGGAGGACAAAUAACGGUUUCCUCCGAUUUCAUCGCUGAGAUUCAACGACUGCUUGAAACGCACAUUGAAGGUGAUCGUAGCAACUCCACCGGUUCUGAAGAAGCGUACGGCGACGAUCUCUACAGCCAGCUCAUCAGACAGGAACUACGAAAUUUGAGCAGCCAGGGCUUCGAAGUUAAGGACCUUGGUGAACGCCGCCUCAAAGGACUCGAGAAUCCAGAAUACAUCUACUUGAUGUACCCACACUCGCUCGCCAGCCGUCUCAUUGUACAGAGCCAACUUGAGCAGCAGGCAGCACCACCCACCCAGGAAGCUUCUGUUGGUCAGAAGAUGCCAGGCAGCCAGCUCACAAUCGAUACGCAAGAUGUGUGGGAUCUCUGGAACCUAAGCCUAAGGUUGGAGAUGUUGUGCAGUACUCUCGAGAAUCCGGACAGCUCAGAGCUUAAGGCACCUGAAACAGCACUGCUUGAGCGCAUGAAGACCAGGGGAGGAGAGAUCACGGAUCGAUUCUUGAUCAACUUUGUUGAGCAUCAGAUCUCGAGAAUUGAGUCAUGUGCUACUACUCUAGCCCUCCGACACAUGAUGCGCCCCAUCGGCUCAGUACCACUGGUGCAGCAGGCCGGCCCCAUGGGCGACAUCCUCACCGAACUUGCCGCGAAAUUGAAGCGUCUCGAGCAAUUUGAGCAGGCAGCGAUGGUGGACAUGGCACCGUCAUGA